GGUCGCCGGGUCGCGGGGGCCGCGGCGCUCGGGCCGCGUCGGUGCCUCCCGGGCGCGCUGCGCGGCCGUCGCUGCUGCCCGCGCUCGUGCCGCCGCCGCCGCCGCCGCCGCCGCCGCCGCUGCCGGUUACGCCAGCCCCGCCGCCGCCCGCUCUGAUUCUGCGCAUAGGCAGCCCCCAAGCCUGUCAUUCUGCAAAAACACAGUUUACUCAACACACCACACACACACACACUCACACACACACGCGCGCACACACACGCGCACACUGGCCCCCUCGCGCACACGCACGGAGGGCGCGAGCGAGCAGACGCGCACACCCGGCGAGCCAAGUUCCGCAGCCUGGCAUGGCUUCUGGGGACCUUUACGAGGUUGAAAGGAUUGUAGACAAGCGGAGGAACAAGAAGGGGAAAUGGGAGUACCUCAUCCGGUGGAAAGGCUACGGGAGCACGGAGGACACGUGGGAGCCCGAGCACCACCUGCUGCACUGUGAGGAGUUCAUCGACGAGUUCAACGGGCUGCACCUGGCCAAGGACAAGCGGCUCAAGUCGGGGAAGCAGGCCAGCACCUCCAAGGUGCUGCGUGACAGCCGAGGCCCCUCGGUGGAGAAACUCUCGCACAGACCCUCAGAGUCCAGCAAGAGCAAAGGGACUUCCCAUAAGCGGAAGCGGAUCACCCCUUCCCUGACGAAGCCCAAAAAGGGGUACUCGGCGAAGCCCCCCGCGGGAGGCGACCGGGCCGCCAAGACGGUGUCCUACAGGACUACGCCCAGUGGUUUGCAAAUCAUGCCGCUGAAAAAGGCGCAGAAUGGGAUGGAAAACGGGGACGCCGGCUCCGAGAAGGACGAGCGGCACUUGGGAAACGGGUCCCACCAGCCUGGCCUGGAUGUGAACGACGCCGGCGAGCAGGACCUGGGCGACUGCGACGUUAGCCCCGCGGCGCUGGCGGAGAACGGGCUCGGCUCUGCUCUGACCAACGGGGGAUUAAACCUGCACAGCCCGGUGAAGAGGAAGCUGGAAACGGAGAAGGACUACGUCUUUGACAAGAGGCUCAGGUACAGCGUCCGCCAGAACGAAAGCAACUGUCGGUUUCGGGACAUCGUCGUGCGGAAGGAAGAGGGGUUCACGCACAUCCUGCUGUCCAGCCAGACCUCGGACAACAACGCACUGACCCCCGAGAUCAUGAAGGAAGUGCGGCGUGCGCUCUGCAACGCGGCCACAGAUGACAGCAAACUGCUGCUCCUCAGCGCCGUGGGCAGCGUGUUCUGCAGCGGCCUGGAUUAUUCCUACCUGAUCGGCCGGUUGUCCAGCGACCGGAGAAAGGAGAGCACCCGGAUCGCGGAGGCCAUCAGGGACUUCGUGAAGGCCUUUAUCCAGUUCAAGAAGCCCAUCGUGGUGGCGAUUAAUGGGCCGGCGCUGGGCCUGGGCGCCUCCAUCCUGCCCCUGUGCGAUAUCGUGUGGGCCAGCGAGAAGGCCUGGUUCCAGACCCCCUACGCCACCAUCCGCCUGACGCCUGCCGGCUGCUCCUCCUACACCUUCCCCCAGAUCCUGGGCGUGGCGCUGGCCAACGAGAUGCUCUUCUGCGGGCGGAAGCUCACCGCCCAGGAGGCAUGCAGCAGAGGACUGGUGUCGCAGGUCUUCUGGCCGACCACGUUCAGCCAGGAGGUCAUGCUGCGGGUGAAGGAGAUGGCCUCGUGCAGCGCGGUGGUGCUGGAGGAGUCGAAAUGCCUGGUCCGGAGCUUCCUGAAGUCAGUGCUGGAAGAUGUGAACGAGAAAGAAUGCCUCAUGCUCAAGCAGCUCUGGAGCUCCUCCAAAGGCCUGGAUUCCCUGUUCAGCUACCUGCAGGACAAAAUCUACCAAGUCUGAGGGCCUCGGCUCACCUGCCCCAGUGCUCGGGGGCACCGACUUCCAGCUCUGCCCUGUGCUUCAGAAAUCAGAGCACAGCGUAUGCCUGGCCAAGGAGUCUGUCAAGGUGUCUCUCUAUACCUAGGGUUGUGUCCAUUUCCUCGCGUCCUUUGGUUGCUCCUCAUUGGUUUGGUUUUGUGUAACGAUGGGAAACGCAGCACACUUGGCCUCCCCCGUGUCCCCCCCACCCGCACCUGGCUGGAGAGCUAUCGAGGGCUAUCUCUUCCCAGGCCUCUGCCAGGCACCCUUGUCCUGCCCCCACUUGCUGAAAUGCACCAUCCUGGUCCAGGAAGGGGAAGACCAGUCUCCCCAUUCUCGUGACUCAGGCUGUGUCUACACAGUGCCUCUGCUUUGGAGACUAGGCUGCCGUGGCUCUCUGGUUCCGUGCAGACCCAGUGACAGGGGACGAGCCAUUGGAGGGGGUUCCCAGCCCAAAGAGCAGAACGAUUGUGUAGAGCCAGCCUCGGUCUCUUCUCUGAUGCAAAUCUGUGUGACUUUUAGGGCUUGGUCUUAAAACCCAAUUGAGUGAUUUACAAACCCAGAUAUUGUACAUUUAGGGGCGUUUUGUUAAAUAUAUAUUUUUAAAACAAUGUAAGUGGAAAUUCUGAUAAUUUAUGUGUAUUAUAUGUAAAGCUAGUUUUGCAAAAACAUGAACUGUAGGAAAAUGUGGUUUUUUUUUUUUUCCUUUAAUCGGACUUAUUUAAUUUAUUUAUUUUUGUUGCUAUCUUAUGAUAUCUGUUGUUCACACAGAUACUCUUUUCAUACUGCCCUGGACCAAAUCCCGUGCAAGGUUCAUGCCGUUUGGUGCAUUCUAGCAAUGAGCCACGUAGGAGUCAGACUCAGAGAGAGAUGGAAGUGGAAGGGCGGAUACAGCUGAAAGGAGCAGCUCGGAGCCAGGUUCUCUACACGGACAAUGGCUCUGGGACCGCUGAAUGCUUGUUCUUAGGAGAAAUCCUGGAAGGGGUUUCUCCUCGCGCUGCUGCUUUAAGGAGACAAAGGGGCCUCCAGCCUGAGUGGUACUGAGACACACCCCGGCCCUAACUGUGUGAAAAGGUGGGGACCGGGCCCCCCUGGGGAUCGCAUUUGUGGAAGAAGGCUUUUUCCUUCGGGCAGAUGGCUGUGCUUGGGUUUCAGAGCCCCUUUCUUCCGUGGGGGCGGGGGGGGAUGUCGGGGCCUCCCAGGGAGACGGGGAGGUGCCCCCACUCUGCUGAGCUGUCCGCAGAAGGUCCGAAUCUGUGUUCCUCCAGAGGCCCACAUACUCCAUCUGUUUCUCAGGUUGUUUACUCCCAUCCAGGAGCAGUACCUGGGGGCGAGGCCUCCAUGGGCCGCCUGGGGACCCCAGCAUCUCUAUUCAGACCAGCGGCCCACAUCCCUGGCUGGGCUGCGGGAAGGAGGGCUUUGGGUCUGGGCUCGGGGUUUUGGUUUUGGUUGGCGAGGAGAAGGUAAACGUCACGGUCAGAGCGGAGAGACGACAGGACCACGUUCCUCCGUCUGAGGCUUGACCCUGGUUCAGGGUCAAGCACCAGAGAAAGUUCGAGUCUCAGAGGGCGGGAUGUUCCCACCACAGCCCUCGAGUGUCGUCCGAGUGCUCGCCCGUCUCCCCUUCCCUCUGUUGGUCGCCAGCCCCUCUGGACCUUUCUUUGGAGAAACGUGAGUGGAGCAGUGAGAGUCCGGCCCGGCUGGGGGGGCUGGCAAAGGGAGGUCGUUGCUGCCAUUCUCCCCUCUCUGGUCCUUUGCCUGCUGCUCAGGGCACCGGGCCAGGCUUCUUCAUGGCGCUGAGCUUUGUGUUGACCUUAGAGCCGGAGACACGGGCCUUUGCACAGGGCACCUGACCUUUCCCGGGACUCUGCCUCCUCCACACGGCCUCGGUUCCCUCUGUAGAGACAGCAGCCUCCCCCCAGCUGAGUCUGCCCGUGACCUCACGAGGCUCGGGGGAGAGGACGUGCCUCGCUUUCUUCUCCCAAGCUGGGUGUCCUCCCUUUGGUCCCUCUGGGGUCCCAUGGGAACCGCGGGCCUGGACCAUAGGAGUCCCUCUAGGGGAAUGCCAGCUUUUGCCCAGAUGCCUCUUGUCACAUCUCACCUUGAGUUUGUCUCUUCCUUCAAGAAAGCCAGUGUGUGUUCUGCCAACCCUGGCCAACCUCAGUCUCGGCAGGUCGUUCCUCAGCCAUCACCAGGCCCCCUAAAGAAAGAGCACCCCCUUUCUGUUUACCUUCCAGGGGCAGCCACAUUAGGAUUCUCCUUGGCGAUGGAAGAGGAUGUUUGGACAUUCCUUUCGCUCAGGGCCCGUCCUUGUUCCCUGCUGAAAACAAAAGGCAGAAGUGCUUUAGCUUUGGACUAAAGCCUAGCUCUGGAUCAUCCCGUCCAAACUGCUAAGCACCUCAAGGAUCUCUGAUGAGAAGGUAGGACUGUGACACCCUCCCUGAGGCCGCAUACCCGUUGCUACUGUGCGGGUUUCUCGUGCACCGGGAGGUGUGGUACAAGACAGUCUGUGCUUCGGUUCUUUGCCUUCAGUCCAUUUAAGAAGGAUGUUCCAGUCCUUUGGGCAAAAGCCGCUGCCCUCUGUUGGCUACAGGGUAGGCGAAACCACUGGGUUUCCACUUUCCGGACAGUUGCUUUGAUACUGUGCAGGUGAGAUCCAGGUGACUCGUAGCCCGUCGACCUGGGUUGGAAUUGGCCAGACCUGUGGCUGUGUCAGGGUUUAUCCUCAAAGCUUCCUCGAGGCAGCGCCCAGGCGUUCAGUUGUCUUCUACCCCAGCACCCUCUCUCCCCACCUGGCAUCCUUCCCCCCUCUCUCUGUUGUGCUCUGCCCGCUCCCCAUCCCAUCUGUCUCAUCCUGGGGCCCGGGGGGUCUCCGAGCAGUGGUACUUGGUCUCGCCGACCCUGUCCCGGAACUGCCUUUGGGGAUGGAAGCGCAGCUCUGGUGGGAAGUUGAGGGUUCUUCUUUGGUCAGGGAGCCUUCUGGGCGUUCCACUCCUUGCCGUCCUGUUAGCCACACAUCAGGACUCUGGCACCUUUCUGCUCCACAUACUGGUGGUUAGCGUGGUGGUCUUGCAGGAGAACCAUUUGCGUUAGCAGCCCCGUUCCACGGGGGCUUUUUGGAGAACUUUCUAAGGUGGUCAGAGCUCCUCGCCAUGGGGAAGCCUCCGCCUGGCGCCGCCGUUACCCCCACGUCCCUUCCUGCUUUGAAGUGAUGCCUGUGGGUGAAAACCAUCCCCAGCCACCCUCUAGGAAUGAAAUUGGAUACCUCUGAGAAGGUCGUAGAGAAUUGAUUUGAACUGUUCUUCUUGUUUGCUCCAAGUUAACCUAGGAGAGGGUCUCUCUGAAGUGUGAUAAUACGUUUUUCCCACGUGACGUUUAGUCUGAAGAUGGAGAAGUAUCAUCACAGUAGACUCUGACCAAUGCAACUGUUAUCUCCAGAUAAUCCACGUUUAAAAAUAGCCUUGACUAGAUGCUGAAUUAUAUUUCCCAUUAUUAAUUGUCGGCUUAAAAACUUUUGUAAACUUUUCUUAAUUUGAAAUUCAGUCAUACCCAUGUAAUUUUCCAAUUCAAUUUCUGUGGACAUAUUUUUCUUUUCACCAAGAGAAACAAAGAGAUGCAUCUUCACAUCUUCCUCCGUGAAUAUUUAAAAUGCGGAAUUGCUUCUCUCUUGUGUUUCUGUGUUCAGAUACGUAGCUCUGUUGUAUAUAUUAGUUUAGACAUUCUCACUAAUCUACACAGUAUUUAAGACUCUAAAUGAGAUUUCUUAAGUAUUUUAUUUUAUUCUCUAUAAAUGGUUUUGUAUAAUCUUGAAAAAUCUACACUUUGCCUUUGUAGAUAUUUAAGGGAAACCAUUUGGGGGUUGUCUUGCAUGUAUAUUUUUGUUGUAGAGAAGUGUUGCUUAGUUAUUUCUGCAAAUUUUGGUUGAAAUGCUUACCGACUUUAAUACAGUAUAUAUUUUCAGAAUAUAAACUUUUAUAUUUCUGUGGUAAGUUAGGAUAUGCGUUUUAGGCAAUCUUUUCCAUGAAGAUCAUGUGUUCUUUCAAAAAAAAAAAAAAUAGCAUUCUGGUUUGGUGCCAAUGGUUUUUUGUUUUUUGUUUUCCAUGAGAAUCUAGUGCUCUUAUACUGUUCGAGAGCCGAUUAAUUUCCUUUUUCUCAACGUAAUUGAGUUCAAAGAAUAAUUUUACAAUGUAUUGAAUCUGUGAAUAAGCCUUACCAUUAGGAUCGGUAACGUUUCCAACCUUUGCAACUCCUUCCGUAGUUUAAGAUCUCCCCAUAAAUUCUCACUGUGUGGCAGUUGAUGGAGUUUGUGAACAGAGCCUUAAGCUUGUUGCAAAAAAAAAACAAAACAAAAAAAAAAACAAAAAAAACAAAGGGGUAAUACGGGUUGUUUCUUCCAAGCAACGAAUAAGCCAUGGGGAUGGACUCUGCGCAGUCCGUACGCCAUGACUCAUCUGGAGAGUUUGGUUGAGUUAAUGGUGGCAGGGGCCAGAUAGACACCUUGGUGACUGUCUUUGGCCAUAUGAAGGGACCAUGAACAGGUUUUUCUGGAGCCACCCUCGUCCUAUUCACAUGGUUUAGAUAUGGUCACAGGAAGGGCUGCUGGUCCAUCAUUUGUUUUGAACAAAUGGCAUUUCCUGCUCCUGACCUUGGCAGUUGGCCCCAGGUUCCCUGCGGGUGACCUGGGGACACCCAGUCUGGCUGAGGUCCACAUUCCUUGAGAGAUGUUACAAAGUUUACAUGUGCGUCUUACUGUAUAGACAAUCCGAAGUCGAUUUCAGUUACAUAAUCAGCAUUCCCACGCGUCCCGAGUGUCUUAUCCGUGAACGAGGUACGUGAAGCCAUACUCAACCCGAGUUUCGCAGGGCACAGGCACACUAGAUGCAGCACAUGCUCAUCCGCCGAGCCAGUCCACCUGGGGCGGUCCGAAUGGAGCCUACGUCGCAAAGCUCAUUGGCAGUGCGUCCACUCAUGUCUGGGAGCGGAUAAAACCACCUCAAAAUUGGGACUGAGCGUUUUUAAAAAGGAUGAUGCUUUUCAGUUGGCCGUGCUUCCGUAAUGGCCUACUGCGUCUCCUUACCAAGACGUUGCUGUUGACCUUGAGACCAGGGCUCUGGCAUGGCUAAGUCAGGUUAUUCACCUCCAGUAAGUGUGGAUCCCAUCACCGUGUCUCCCAUCGGGAUGACGUUUGCUGCAGAUAUUUGCAGUAUGUGUGUGUGUAUCAGUCAGAAACACCGGCGUCUAGUUUCCAGCCUCAGCUCUGGCCUGUCUGUGGGUUGACCAUGCUGCCUUGGCCCAACACCUGGCCUCCUGCUGGAGCUCCUUAGGGUGACUUUGGGAAGUUUGAAGGGUGUGGAGUUGUCCAUCUAGUAUUUACUUUGUCCCUGUGCCAUUAGUCCCAGCUUGAAGUCAUUUGCCGACGUCCAUGUUGACAGGAUUGUGAAAAUAUUGCCUUUCAUAAAACCAAGGACCAAAGAAUUCCAUUAUGCCAACAAAGCACGAGUUUGGUAGAUUGUGGGCCCUGCUAGGCAGAGCUGUGCAUGCUUGACGGCCCAGAGAGGCUGCUCGCUUCCACCGACGUUAUGCUCCCCCUGGGUGGCCGUGCACAUGAAUCUGUUGUCACCUCGAGAAGGCUCUGAAAGGUGAGUUUCUGAGAUGGAAGCUCACUGUCCCAGGUGGGUGCUUCUGCCGUGGAGUCCCAGCCUUUAUCCGGACCAUGAAGCGUGGAGGGCUGGCGUUUGUCCAGUUUGUCCAGUUUGACCAGUGUGGACUGCUCCAUCCGAACAGGAACCUCCCGCAGGAGUUUUUCAUGUGUGUCUACACUGAGCAGCGAGAUCCUGCAGUUGCUCACUUUCCACCUCUCUCUUUUUUUUUUUUUUGGCCUCCAUCCACCCAUUCCACUUCCUGUUGAGCCUGAGAAGACUGUUCUCCACUCCUCACACUAGGCAAGGAUGCUCCCUUCUCACUCAUGAUGAAACCAUUGACCCAUUAACCGGUGUAGCAAUGAUUGAUCCUGAAGACGUGGUAUCCUAGUGGUAAGGCUUAUUACCAAACUUCUGCUAAGGAAGCAGGCUACCAAAAAUGUCCCCCCCCCCCCCCCGCCCAGGGGAGUGUUUGGAUUUGAUCUCGGAGCUCGCGCACACACCAAAAUCCAAGGAGACCUUUGCAGUCUAGGCUACUCGUUUUUGUUUUGCCAGGUGAUCAUGGGAGAGUCUUUAACUAGUUCUGAGUACUUGUAAGUAUGAGUCCCUUCAUAGACUUUAACGCAGGUAGAGGUGACCCUUUCUCACCACGUUGUAAAUAUUGCCCGAGACUGGGUGCAGUACCGAGGGGUGAUAACCUUCCGACUUAUCAAACGCUGACUGUCUAGAGCAAAUUGUACACUCUCUUUGUGAAUGGUCCUGUAACGUGUAUGAACACAUUUCUGGGUGCCUUAGAAGUUGUAUUUUUCAUGUGUGCUAAUAUGCAGUAUUUAUACAUUGUGAGAAGCUGCUUUGAAUAAAAAGGUUGAAACUUC